GGGGUGGGGGGCUGAGUCUGCUGCUGCCUCGGGCGCUGGUUCUGGGGCUGAUCCGGAUCCUGGGGCUGGUUCUGGGCCUGAUCCUGAGCUAGGCGCCAGUGCAGCCGAAGGGCUCCGAGCCCCUGGCCGCCGCCCCCUGCCAGGUCCAGUGGUGCGGAGCCGCCGCUAGCUCUUUAAAAUGUUGCAGGGGCUGAGCGCGGCGCGUGUGGCCAUGUGAUUGCCGGGGAGGCUGCAGGCGGCGAGUGGAGUCGGGCUGGGGGCGCGGUGUCCGGCUGCUGAGCGCCGCCGGGGCGGCUGAGCCCGAGCCCGGGCUGCCAAGGGCAAGGAGCCGGCUGCGGGCGCGGGAUGGCGGAGACCCAAUAGCCCGGGCGGCCGCUCGCACGGGCUGAGUCCGCCGCUGCCCCGCCGGGAGUCGCGCGUUGCCUGCCAGAGAGAAGCGCACGGGCGUGCGGGACGCAGCCACUUCGGAGCCGGGCCAGCGCGGCUGGGAGGCGCCCGCUGCUCCGGGGGGCAGGGACCUGCCUAGGUGACGGACGGGCCCUGUCUCCAGCGGGGAUCAGGGCACUAUGGCACAGUCCGUCUCUGCCUUCCAGGCUGCCUACAUCACCAUCGAAGUGCUGAUUGCCUUGGUGUCUGUGCCAGGGAACAUCCUGGUGAUCUGGGCUGUCAAAAAGAACCAGGCUCUGCAGGAUGCCACCUUCAGCUUCAUUGUCUCGCUGGCCGUGGCUGACGUGGCGGUGGGCACCCUGGUCAUCCCACUCGCCAUCGUUAUCAACAUUGGGCCGCAGAUGGAGUUCUACACCUGCCUGAUGGUGGCCUGCCCUGUCCUCAUCCUCACUGAAAGCUCCAUCCUGGCUCUGCUGGCCAUCGCUGUGGAUCGCUACCUGCGGGUGAAGAUCCCCCUAAGGUACAAGAGCGUAGUGACCCCCAGACGAGCAGCUGCGGCCAUCGCUUGCUGCUGGAUCAUUUCCCUGCUCGUGGGACUGACCCCCAUGUUUGGCUGGAACAACCUGAACAAGAUGAGGAGGACUCAGGAGGCGAACGCCAGCCACACGGCGUUCGUCAUCGGGUGCAAGUUCGAGAAUGUCAUCAGCAUGGAGUACAUGGUCUAUUUCAACUUCUUUGUCUGGGUGCUGCCUCCCUUGCUGCUGAUGCUCAUCAUCUACCUGGAGGUCUUCAACCUGAUCCGCAAGCAGCUCGACAAGAAGGUCUCCUCCAACUCAUCGGAUCCUCAGAAAUAUUAUGGGAAGGAGCUGAAGAUCGCCAAGUCCUUGGCAUUGGUCCUCUUCCUGUUUGCACUGAGCUGGCUCCCGCUGCACACGCUUAACUGCAUCACCUUGUUUUGCCCGUCCUGCCAGACUCCCAGCAUCCUGACGUACAUUGCUAUUUUCCUGACUCACGGCAACUCGGCCAUGAACCCCAUCGUCUAUGCCUUCCGGAUCCAAAAAUUCAGGACCACGUUCCUGCAAAUCUGGCACCAGUACAUCUGCUGUGAAACCGACAAGAACACUAACAACUUGGACAACACCGAGCUAGGCAACUGGCAGCUAGAGAGGGUCAUCCCAGAUGUGCCGUACCUUGAUUUACAAAAGUCCCUUUAAUGUCCAAAGAGCAAACUUGUCUUCACCCCCUCCACACGCACACAAUUGUAAAUGACUAGUAUGGGGAGGGGGCAGCAGUGACCCAGGAGACCUGAGAUGGUCAGACCAAGCAGAUGUUUACCUGAGCUAGCAUAGGGCAUUAUUUAUUCACAGCCAUUGUACUGUUCUGAUAUUGUAGCCUGCACUGUUCUUUUUUUUUUAGGGCGAAGUGUAUCUAGGUAUUCAAGGGGAAUUGUACAGACAAGGAUGUGAUUUAUCUUUAACUCAAAUAAAAAAGGAAGACAGCAGCUCUGCAGCAUUAUGGACGGAUUCUCACUCCCAGGGUCUCACUGCGGUGCUCAUUCUUAGAACUGGGACAGCCAGAGACUGCUCAAAACUAAAAGGAUUAUGAGACGAGAGAGGGGCACAGAGUGGGACAAGGGGGAAGUGGCUUCAAGUUGUAAAUAUCUCCAUGUCCCUCUCUCCUACAUCUCCCAUAAGGAUUCCUGUGAUGCAGCCCCUCCCAUCAUCAAGGGGGAGAGAGUGGUGCAUCAUGGGAGAUGUAGUCCCACCAAGGAGUCCAGUCUGUAAUAGAGAAUGGGAGCAUAAGGCAUCCAAACUAUUACUCCCAUGAGGCACCGUGGCAUCAUAUUGAACAGAAACAUUUCAAAAUUUGACCAAAUUAUUUUGCUGAAAAGUUAAUUUUCUGAGGGGAAAAAACCCUUAUUUUCCAACCAGAUUUAGGUAGACAACACGGGGGCUAAGUUGCCCAAGUCUAGCAGGUCAGGCAUCCGGUAUGAAGCCAGAGAGUCGUAUUUUUGGAAAGGUUUGUCCCUGUCCAGUACCGGAUGUGGCUCUGCCCCCGGCAGAAUAACCUCAUAUGCACAGUGCAUGCAAGGUCACAAUGGUUCAUGUCAGGUCAUGGCGGCAGGGUAUGCCUGGUAUUCUGGGGAUGUGUCAGAGGCCACCCUGUCCUGCCUGCACUAGUGGAGUUGGGACACCUUGGGACAGAUGUGGAGCCUAGCCCAGACCUUAACCGUGCUUCAUAACCAGGCUAAGACAGGGCCUGACGAGACACAGGACUACUUUUAGCUGCAGCUUCUCUCGCUUGUGCCUUGGUCUGCGUGCUGAGCUGGAGGCCUUCCCGAGGUAAGCGAGGUUGGCUUCCUCAGGUUCGUAAGCCUGACUUGGUUGCUCUGGAAGCUCUGGAGCCAGAUGGCGCCUGUAUGUAGAUGCCGCAAUGGUGUCAAUACACAGACAGCCUUAGCCAGUGCUGGCAGGUGAAGGACAUAGCAGGCCAUGAUCUGUAGUCUGGCAGAUAUUCAGGCUGCCCUUUAGUGGCGCUGGCCAAAGCAGAAGCCAUCUGCCCCCAGACUCCAUUGUGGUAGGAGCUUGUAUCAUGGGGGCUGCAGCCUCUUCACGUGCUUUGAAUGGUGAGUCACUGAUCUGAGCUCUGAGCUCCCCAUGAAAGUCUUACACCCGAGGGAGAGCAUGCGCCCUGGAGCUGCAACAUCCCCAGCCCCAGGCAGGCUUUUCGCCAACAUGUAGCUACCCACCACAGCGUGGGCACAGCCUGCUUUUCACUGUGACGGGCAGCUACAUGUACGCUGCAGCCAGUGGUGUGUAAUGUAGACGUGGCCAUUGUUGCUUGCGCCCAGCUUACUAGAUGGUCCAGAUUGUGCCGUAUCAGUGACCUGUCCUUUAUCACUUUAUCUUGUGCAAACUUUAUCACUCAUUCUUUGAAGUUUUCUUCCAGAUGUUAAAUGGCGUAGGGUCAAGAACCGAUUCCUGUGGGACCCCCACUGGAAAUAGACCCGCUCAGUGAUGAUUCCCUGCUCACAAUUACAUUUUGAGAGCUAGCUGUGAGUCAGUUUUUAAUCCAUUUAAUAUGUGCUAUGUUGAUUUUGUAUUAUUCUAGUUCCUUAAUUGAAAUUGCAUUCAGUACCAAGUCAAAUGCCUUACAGAAGUCUAACUAUAUUACAUUAACACUAUUACCUUUAUCAGCAAACUUGUAAUCUUAUCCAAAAAAAAGAUAUGCAAUUACUUUGACAGGCUCUGUUUUCCAUAAGCCCGUGGUGAUUGGUACUAAUUAUAUUCCCCUCCUUUAGUUCUUUAUUAAUUGACUCCUGUAUCAGCCGCCCCAUUAUCUUGCCCGGGAUCGAUGUCAGACUGACAGGCCUAUAAUUACCCAGGUUGUCCCAUUUAUACUUUUUCAAUAUUGGCACAGCACUAGCUUUCUUCCACUCCUCCGGAACUUCCCCAGAGUUCCAAGACAAGCUGAAAAAAAUCAACAUUAACAGUACAGCAAAGUCUUCAAACGAGUCUUAAAAUUCUUGGCUGCAUGUUAUCCAGACCUGCUGAUUUUAAAAUGUCUAACUUUAGUAACUGCUGUUUAACAUCCUCCUGAGUUACUGUUGGGAGGGAAAGUAUUUCAUUAUCAUUAUAUGAUAUGACUACUUCAAUCUGUCUUUUUCCCCCAAAUACAAAACAGAAAUACUU